UCUGGUGGCUUGGAAACGCUUCUUCGAAUGCCCAUGGGUUGUGGCGAGCAGACCAUGAUGUUCUUGGCUCCAAAUGUGUACGUUUUGCAGUAUUUGUCGCAAACUAGACAAGUCACCGCUGAAAUAGAGUCACGUGCGUACACAAUGAUUCAGUCAGGCAAGUAUUUAUCCUGCAUGUAAGGAAUCACUCAAUAUCACUUUUAUUUUGCCUUACCUUGCAUCUUGCAGUAAAUGAUUUUGAGACUGAAAUCGCGUCUUUUAUUCAACAACGCUCAAACCACUUAAUACUUUAUUGCAAAUAGUAAGUUUAAUGAUGUUAAUACUUUAAACACAGUAAGCUUAAAACACAGAACAAGUUGAAGAACAAGUGAAGAGUACAUCAGUCCGAGAAUCGCUGUUAAAUUCACUAGCUUUGAGUGGCGCCUAACAGAAAAUCAUUUGAUUUAUAAUGGCUUAUAAGCUCUUGAUACAUCGUCAUCUUGCCUGUAAUCGUAGGAAUGAAUGACAGUAAGGAUUUAUAGAGGAAGCACAUCCACUUGGUGGUUCUUCGUCUACCUGGUUCCUGGUCGAAUAGGAAUUUAGAAAUGAUGGUCUUUAAAGAGAGGGGAACGCUAGAGUACGCGGCGAAAAACCUCUCGGAGCAAAAAAGCCACGUAUGGCGUAGACGCCAGGAUUUGAACCCGGGCCACAUUUGUGGGAAGCGAUUGCUCUCACCACUGCGCCACCCUUGUUCUACUAGAUAUAUAUGUAAUGGUAUUUUUCAUACCGAUUCCAGGCUAUCAACGAGCUUUGAAUUACCGAAGAGCUGACAAGUCCUUCAGCGCUUUUGGAGAAUCUCGCCCUGGGAGCACUUGGUACGGGACACUAGCUAACUAAAGACAAAUUUGAAUUUAAAUUAACAAAGCGAGUUUAAAAGCAGAUAGAUGCGACACUAUAAUCACGAUAGGCUUUGCCCUAUUCGUCGACACUAGUUCUCUAUUGACGUGGAUUGAUUGUUAUGAAUAGUUCCAAAAGCCAUUAUUCCACCUGUUGUAUUCUCAUCUUAAACCUUUUAAUGGCCUUACAAACCAAAAAGGCAUUAUUUCAGUUAUUUUAAAAUGCCUUGGAUUCAUCUUCAUUAUCAUCAUCAGUUGGAUUUUAAUCGGCUUUUGCCUUUUGAUUCAUGCUCCCACGUUUCUCCUUGAUUUCCUUACGGGGAUUUUGGUACUUCCACAUUGUAACCAGAAUCAUUCAACUGGUACUGCAUUGUCGCUGGUCGGCCCCUUUCCCCUCAGCUACUAGGAAGCAGCCAAGGUGACAGAAUGUGCUUCAUGUAGUCCCCAUUAUUGACCCCUAGCUGCAGACCCCAGCGAGCGUUCUUCCAAUAACGUUACUGUUACAUGGUGUUCAUUGUUUAUUACAGGCUCACUGCGUUUGCUGCGAGAGUGUUUUGUGCUGCACAAAAUGAAUUUGAUGGGAUUGCAAUCGACGAAAAUCUUGUUUGUGACUCAGUAAGUUGGAUUCUGGAAAAUCAACGUCAAGAUGGGGCUUUUCCUGAAAUGAAGGACAUAAUUCAUAAAUCCAUGAUGGUAGGUUAAUUUUCCUUUCUAGGUUUAAAACUGCCAGAUCAAUAUGAUUAAUAUAAAGCUUUACAGAGAAAGUUAAGAGGUGUAACCCUUCAGGGGUACCCAGUGUAAGGGGUGACAUUUUAAAUACCACACACCUCAAUCAAUCAAUCAAUCAAUCAAUCAAUCAAUCAAUCAAUCAAUCAAUCAAUCAAUCAAUCAUUUAUCUUAACGCGUUGCGUCUAGGAGCUAAAAAACUCGUUCAAAACUGUAUGAACGUUUAUAAAUAGAAUCUAUAAUAAUUAUAGCGCUAUAUUACAAUUUUAUUCUAUUUUAAAAACAACUCAAUACAUAUACAAAAACGUAGUAAUAAAAGCGUAAAAUAUAAAAUGCUUAAACCUACUAAAAAGCCGUACACUAAAAAAGUGAGAGGAAAACUAUAAGACACGUUCUAAAAAUCUACAAUCUUGCAAUUUACUUUUGAAGUCAUUUGUAUCACUUGAAAGACGUACUUGAGAGGACCAACUGUUCCAUAGCUUAGUUGAUAAAUAAGUAAAAGAAUUCUUUUUAAAUUAAAGAUUAAAAUUAGGUAAUUCCAAGUUCAAGCCCUCGCCUAUUAGCCCAUACGGUGUAUGCCUAUAUGUAAAAAGGUUUCUAAUAUAAGUAGGUCCCGUACCACUUAAGCGUUUAAAAAGAAGUAUUAACUCCUGAUGUAAACGCCUACAAUAUAAGGAUUGCAUGUUAGCCGUAUUGAGCAGCUCGUCGUAAGACAUUGACUUGCUGUGACCGAUUUUGUUUCUGAGAUCAACUAGGUGCAAUUUAUACCUGUUAUAAAGUAAUUUUAUGGGAAAUAAAGAAUCUUCCUAACAUUUCUUUCCACCCAUCGGGCAAUUAAUUUGUCAUGACCCCUUUUUACGUAAAAAAUUUGGAGUAUUGAUCAUUAAAAAUUGUAAUCACCUCGCUUACAAGUUACUUUUCCAUCAUGCGUGUUUUGUUUAGCCUUGCAACUUUUCUUUUUUAAAAUAGCUCUCCUCACGUUACUUAUUCGAACGAUUUUUAUCAACCAAUAAAGGUUUUACAUUUUGCCACUCAGGCAAUGUUAAUUUGAGGUGAUGGUACUUUUCAGUUAUUUCACUUUCCAUUUAGGGUGGAACUCAUGGAGAAGUGGCCAUGACAGCCUUUGUUAUUGUGUCUCUCCUGGAAUGCAGAUGUCAUGGUCAGGUCAGUUCAAUUUUUAACUACUAGUUAAGGGGGUCGUUUUUAGUGCUGUGGUUUCUUGUAAGGCUGGACCUAAAAAGCCGCGCUAGAGAACGUUCUAGCAAACCAUUUAACUAGGUUUACUAAUCAUCAAUGCUUUAAGAAUCAAUGCAUUAUAGUGUAUAAUUUCUCGUGCUUGGACGUUGAAAAGGGUGCCUACUUUUAAUUUUUAAGGCCUCUUCACAUGUGCCCUUUUGACCGGGCUGGCCCGGUUUCCGAGUUCUCGCCUUACCUCUUAAUCCUCUGUAAUAUUUUCGAUGUGUUCAAAUGAGAGGGCGGGCUGGCACGGUUCCCAAGAACUCGGUUUUUCCUACCGAGAUCUCGGUAAGCGGGCACAAAAUUUUACCUUACGAACACUUCAGCCCAGUUACAUAAAUUCAGUAAAUUGAAAGCGGGAUGAACUCUGGCGGACCGGAUUGCAUCGUCUUGCUUAGCCUGCUGUGUUUUCCACAUCGUAAGCAUCCCAUUUAACUGCAGUGAUACAGCCAUGCUAUGAUAGGCGCGUAAGUUAUGAUUUUUUUUUUUUUCGCCAUGUUUGCUUUCUUUUUCGCAUUUCGCGUCAAAACUCGUAGCAAGGAGAUUCGGCCUUUUCUCAUCUCGGAAACAGGGCUGAAAUUUCCAGUCAUAUGAACCCAAGGCGAAAUUAGUCCCGGGUAACGGGGCCAGCCUGCCCACCGGGACUCAUGUGAAGAGGCCCUUACUUCACACAUCCUUAAUCGGAAGGGGUAGCUUACCCUUGGCGAUUCUAUAGUUUUUAGACAGUUAACUGUGCUAUAAACUAUACAUUCUUUCAGUUCAGUCUGUUCUGUGUUGCUAGUUUUAUAAGAUAACUAUUGAAUUAGCCUUUACUCAUGAGCACAUAAAAUUUUUAUAAAAUAGUAAACCCGCUUGUAUAUUACGAGUAGCUCUAUGACUGUUUCAUCCAUAAGACAUAUUUUAAAUAAUAGGGAAUCUAGAAUCUGGUAGCUCGGGAAUCUUAUGUCAGCCGUUUCCCUCCCGUGACUGUUACUUAAAUCUCUUAUAUGAAAUGAUGAAUUCUUAGUCGAAGUUAUCCCAAUUGGCCACCCAUUAUACAACUCAAGCUAAUGGUUACUUGGAGACUAUCUAAUGGCUUUAUUAACCCAUUGAUUGUUAGAACAAGAGCCAACAUAUUCAGGAUGCUGUAGCUUUCAUGGAAACAGAGUUAGACAGAAUCCACAAAGUGAACAUUCUGGCCCUUUCUGCCUACGCCUUAGCAUUAGCUGGCAGCAGCAAGAGCUCCACGGCGAACAAAAAACUUCUUCAGAGUAUGAUCUUUAAUAAAGGUGAAAACUUAAUUCCGUUGUCUCAUUUUAAUCAAGCUAUUAGAGUUUGAAUGUUCCCCUGAAGUGGUGAAAUUAGUUUAGGAAGAAAGACCACCAAACGAAAGCAGUCCAACAAGAAACCGCGUAAGCCGCGAUAAACUUGCACCGGACCGGUAACAAGCUAGAGAAGGGAACUAGAAAUGGCCAGGUCGUGGCUAGAAAAUCUCAAGUGUUGUCAGAACUCUCGCGCACAAUAGAUAACUGGGGAUUAGAGCACUCUCUUCUAUGCGCCCGUUGGAUAGGAGUUAAAUUAAUUUAUCCUCGCAUGUUUACCUAACUGUAUUUCAUGCAUAUAUUUCAUCAUCACAGACGAAGCCGUUCGUUACUGGGAUGUUGGAAAUGACGCUUUAAACGUGGAAACAACUGCUUAUGCGCUUCUUGCGCAGAUGGCGCUUGGACGGCUGAAGUUUUCAGGACCAAUUGUUACAUGGCUGACAGGACAAAGAGAUCCACAGGGAGGCUUUGUUUCAACACAGGUUUGCCAAUAUAUGCCCAAAAAUGAAAUGUACUUGUCAAUACUUAAAAAGCUAAUUAGAAUUGUUAGAAUCACAUCCAGAGACAGUAUGGAUAUCAGAUUUUACACAUUUUGCAUACUCCUGGUCUAUAAGGCAUUGGAAUUUUUGGUGCACACUGAGAAUCAUCAGCGGAUAAUGGGAAAAUGAGCGAAACGAUCAAUUCGUCCUCUCCUGUGGAACCAUUUCGCGCGCGCACACAAAAACUUUGUACACAGUCUAUGCGACCUUUACUCAUUCGUGUUAAUCUUACUGUAUGAAAAUCGUAAUUUUUUUCGCCAGGAUACAUGUGUUGCAUUACAAGCGCUAUCAAAAUACAGUGAGAAAACUGCUGGUGCAAAACUUGACUUACGUGUGUCUGUCUCCUCCGAGAAAGAUGUCAACUGGAAAAGGAAGUAUCAUAUUGAUCGUGGCAACGCCCUUAUUCUCAGACAAGAAGACGUAAGACUAUUAUCUAGAUAAACAAUAAUUAAAUAAGAAUAAAACAGGAUAACUGUUGCAUUAAAAUACGAAUGGGCGACUUUGUUUUGGUGUUGGAUUUCAGGACGGCUUUUCCUUUUCAACUGCUCCUAUCUCUGUUAAGUAGCAAGAUUUCUCGGAAACUCGGUCUUUUUCUCGGGUUGAAGGUCGCCCUUCACUCAAAAGGAGAACGCUGUCAUUAAAAUGGUGAAAACGUAUAUCUUAGCAAUUGAAUGUCUAGAACAAACAAUAUUCAAUUAUAAAUUAAUUCCCUCUGAUUACUGUGUUUGUCUGUCUUGACAGGUUACCCCUCUUCUUGGAGGACAACUGUUUAUUGACUCCUCUGGUAGUGGCGUAGGACAACUUUUGGUAAAUCAAAAGAAUAAAUUAAAUAAAGUAGAAUUAAUAAAAUCGGACAGAUUAAAGAAUGAAUUCCUCAGGGAAAUACCGCCAAAAGCUAAGUAUACUUCUUUCAUUACAGUCUUUGUAAAUAAAGUCCAAUAACCUUUACACUCCUUUCAAUCGCUUAUUGAAGCAAUAUCUCAGUUAAAACAAUAAAAAAGUCGGUUACGAGCUCUCCAAAUUCAAAUUGAUCCCUUAAGUAGGCCUCAGAAAUAACCUUUUAAACAAAUACACUAAGCAUUCAAUAUAUCAGCCGUAUAAUUAGUUAUGAGACUAGUUAGGUUGUAUGGCCUCCCUCAGAACUAAAUUGGCCAUUUCAAAGCAUAGUUAAAGAAUGCAUUGUGUCAGUUUUUUUUUCGUAUCUGUAUUGCCGACUGCUUUUUUGUCAAUUAACUCAUUUAAGCUGCUUUCAGGUCAUGCCGGAAUGCUGGGUAAUAAAGAGAGUGACUUCUUUUCUCGUCGUAACGGAAGAUGAGAUUCCACCAGGGGUAUUUUAUUGUAAAUUCCUUUUUGUAGAUUGAAGUUCACUAUAAUGUUCCGUCAGCAAAGAACGAAACCUGCCACUUUGCUCUUAAGAUUGAAGUCCGCGAAGAAGCGAAACAGGGCAAAGAGGAAGUGAUGUCAAUCAUGGGCCGUUCACGAGGGAGAAGAGAUAAUGCCAACCGAAGGAAAAAAUCCAAGAAAUGCCGCAAAAAAAAGAAGAGAAAAUCUUGCAAAACGAAACGGAAAAAUGUGAAGCAUCACAAGAGGCCAAGCACGGACGCUAAAGUCCCGGAUGCUCUACAGCUGAAAAUAUGCGCAAGGUUUGUAAUGCUCUACAUACUUUCUAUUUGUGUGCCGUUGUUAACAUCUGAAUAUGACAACAAACAACCUUUACUUAAAGUACGCACUUAAGUUCCCAAUUGCCUUGAGUUUUAAAACGAGUUUCAAAGGCUCAACAAUAUUAGAUUUACCUGAAUGCAUGGCUAAAUCGGUAAUACAUGUAAAAAAAGGUCCGAAUUCAUGGUGCUAAUAAGGCUUUAUUAGAAAUUACUCUUUUACGGUCAACUUCAUCACUGGGACACCGCUCUAUUGCAUACAGUUCGUUUGACCCUAAGCUUCUAAACUUUAUGUAGUUUCUACCUCUACGAUUAUGGCCUUUUCCCUUACGUAUGCUGAAGCGAUUCUGGAAUCUCAUUUUUGUCCACGGACGAUAAUGGAAAAAAUUUUAUGACACUGCCCUGUAGUCUGCAAAUGUGAGAGUGUCGCAUUAAACCAUUCUGGCAGACAUUCUAUUGCCAAGUAUUCCCGUAGAAAGUCGAUCGAGUGAAUGAAGUGAAUGGUCCAGGAAAUAUUUUAGACGAGCUCGACACGUGCAAACGGGUGAAAGCAGGGAUCUUGUGAGAAUUCAAACUGAAAAUGUUAGAUUGCCAAGCAAGAUUGAAAAUUAUGAUUUAUUAAUUGUGAUCAUUUCUAAGGGCUAAUAACAAUUGUUGAACUUUGAAUUUUAUCGAUAGAUACCUAAAACAAGGCAAAACCGGGAUGACAAUAAUGGAGAUAGGUGUUUUCUCUGGUUUUUCUCCUGAUAAGGAAUCGCUGAUAGAGGUAACUUGCCAACAAUAUUUCAGUACAUUCUGACACUUACAGCAUGUUCCCAUAAACAAAUCCAGACGUCGAAGUUGCUUUUGUUUUUGUUUUUGUUGAUGCGGUAGUUAACUCUAUUACUAGACUAGGCAUUAGUUCGGUUUUCUGGGACAUAUCACGGGAAUCGCACGGAAAGCAAUGACGAAGGCGAAAAGUGAAGUCUCGCGUAUUCAAACUUUAGCGUGCUAAUAUUCCAUCUCAAUUGGUCGAAUAUUGGCAAUUUUUUUCUGAAGUUGGAUUCUGAAAGACUGCAUCGAAGUUCGGAAAAGAAAAAGAAAGUCUUUGUCUUGUUCAGCACGUCCUUCAAAAAACGUGAAAUUAGGCAUUUUCACGUCGUAGUCGUGCAGUGACGGCAAAGAAAUGUACAAAAAAGCGUGCAGGGUUGUUGUUUUGUCAAUCUAAAACAAUCGUUUUUUUUGCCGUUCUCGUUGACGUCGCCGUCGUCGUUGCUUAAGCUCCCGAUUUUAACGACAUUGAAGCUAUCAUAACUAGCAAGAAAUUGGAUGAAGCUAACUAUAGGAUCUGAGGAAUGAAAAACAUCUUGUAUUUUUAUUUUAUUUAUCACAGAAACCUCAUCAUCAGGAUCGAAAUCUAGUGUCACAGCAAAAUAACCCAGGAAUUAAUUUGCUCAGGCGAAAGUACUUUUCGCUUUCCUUGAUCUCAAUGGUAUCAACCACGUUAAGUUUACUUAAGAAGGAUUCAUAGACCAACGUUAACUAUUAAUGUUUUGCUGUCUUUUAAAGUUGAUGGAAAACGUUCGUCCAACUGUGGACAGAUUUGAAGUUUCUGAUAGAUCUGUGAUACUCUAUGUCAGCGAGGUAAAACAAAUCGUUCUUUCUUGUUACCUAUUGUUUGGUGUUCAAUGCCUGUGCAGUCUUUUUGGCGGUUAUUUUUUUCUUUCCUGAAAUGAAGUUAACCAAUUCAUCCGUUACUCGAUUAAAUGACAAUGGAUAGAAAAGCUGUUUUGAUGACUGACUGAUAGAAGAAAUUUCCUAAGUGAGGUUUUUACCGAAGUUGCUUAAUGCCACAUUCCAAAAAAUAAAAAAACACAAAUACUGUAUUUAUUCAAUUAACCGCCCUGGGCGCUUAUUAUAUUUUUGGAUCUUGAGAGUGGGCGCUUAUUCGAGGCUGGGCGCUUAUUAAAUUUUCACCAUUUUCAGCAGUUAGUGUAGUAUUUUUAUUUUGCAACAAAACAGCAAAUGCCAGUAACAAAACGCGAAGAAGUAACAAAGCAAGGUUUCUGUAAAAUACUCGGGAGAACACUCCGUCUUCGGGGAGGUCUCUUAUUGGUACUUAUUCAAUUUCAGUUUCAAUGUUAUUAUCACUCAAAUGGGUGGGGUGGGCGUGGGCGCUUAUUUCAGUUUGAUUGGGAGGGGGAGGGGGUGGGGUGGGCGCUUAUUCGAGGCUGGGCGCUUAUUAACUUUUUCGGCCUUUCGAAUGGGAGCUUAUUCGAGGUGGGCGCUAAUUCGAGGUUGGGCGCUUAUUCGAAUAAAUACGGUUAUUAAAAUAUAUUUGUUUACGUACAAUGAGAGUGGCAAAUUAUAAGUAGGGCUAUUCCAAUUUCCGCCAGGAGUGACGUCGCAUAGGAAUAUUGAUGUGCAGUAAACAAAUGCUUAAAUUCGCUACUUUUGAACUUAAUUUUUUUUCUGCUUGUGGGCAUCUAUCUUUCCUGAAAGAUUUCUAGUGACAGGGAGUUUUGUGCCAAAUUUAUGGUGAACCGUAUCAAUGACGUGGGAACUGUCCAACCAGUGCCAGUGAAGGUUUACGACUACUAUAAACCAGGUGUGUUAUUGCUUCUGGUAAUUUUGUAAUUCUCACCAUACUUGGUAAUUGUGUAUGAUUAUUUAGAGCUUGAAAAAAAAAAAAGAAAAGAAAUUGAACAAGGGCUUAACUCAGUGAUAUUCGGAGAUUAAUUGAAUAUUUGUUUAUUCAUUUCUAUCGCAACAGAUGAUUCCUGUACGGAAUUCUAUUCACCGAAGGCACGAAGUGCACUAUUGGCGGGAAUGUGCCAAGACGGCUACUGUAAAUGCUCUCAAGGUAUUAUAAUUUACAGGGACCAUUUUAUCAUUUUGCCUUUAAAAUUGAUUUUGAUGAUAACUUGGUUAGACCUCAAACAUGGAAAAUGAUUAUGUUAUAAACUAUUUGCUCAAACGCCACUUUUUAGUAAUUGUAAAUGGUCGCAAUCUAUCCCUAUCUAUUUGUUCGCAUUCUUCCAAUUUGGCAAGAAAUCGUGCAUGUGUCCACCGUUUCUCCAAAAAUGUAUAUGGCUUUGUUCACACUUGGUGCCCGGACACGGAGCCCCAGUACGGUACGGUACGCUUUUUUGUACAUUUCUUUGCCGUCACUGAUUUUAAAAAGAAUGAAAAUCAAAUCAAAUCGCAUUUCAAACAUGGUUCCUUUUGGUAAUGGUCUUCCAUUAAGAUUGUCCACUCUUAACGGUCUUUCUAUCCAUAAAAACUUCAUCCCAAAGUAUCUCGCUAACGCCCACAGAUUUUGCUCAAACUUUACGAAUUAUAUAUUGAGGCAGCUAUUUAAUGAACAUGCUGCCGUGAACGAUUUUAGAAAAAAGUCUCCCACAGAUUUUGCUCAAACUUUACGAAUUAUAUAUUGAGGCAGCUAUUUAAUGAACAUGCUGCCGUGAACGAUUUUAGAAAAAGUCUCCCAGUGUCGAGAAAUGCGGCUGCGAGAAAAAUAGGUAAUGAUGUCAUUUCGUUGCUAUUACAUCUCCAAAAUUAACCCAUUCGCCCCUGAACCGCGCGUAACCGCCCAUGCGGAUCCACGUCCUUUCUACCCUUUGUGACGUCAUCAGUUUUAACGGUCAAGGACAACUUUGUCCACUAAAUUAUGCAUAGUGAAGAGAUCUUUCAAACCAUACCAGAAUGAGCACAAUUCAGUCAAGGACACCGGAGAAAGAAGCAAAAGACCAUGUGACAUUGACCUGAAAAUCUCCAUGAAAAUCGUAUUCCAUUGCUCACCUACCUUUCCUUUCACCUAAUCCUAAGAUCCUAAAAGCUUUCCCAGUAAACCCCGUGGGGGGGGGGGGGGGGGGGGGGGGAGGGGGGGGGGGUUUAUGAUAAAUUGCGUCUUUAUUUUUUUUUUUCCUCUUACGACGAUUUACGAACAGAAAAUAUUGCAUAGCUGCCUUUCCAUUUUUUAUGUUUCACCCUCAUUUUACAAAGCAAAAUCUCCGGGGAAAAAUUUUUCACUCGAAAGUGGCCUGGGAUAGAUUCCCUCAAAAUAUUAAAGCCUUGGGGGGGGGGGGGGGAGUGCGGGAAAGGGGUGGGGAUUUGACAAAUUUUAACAUUUUUUGAUCAAAUUUCCCAGGGUGGGAAACGAAAGGUCAAUCAAAAGUGUCAAAAAAGCCCCCACCCCAGGGGAAAAAUCCAAACAAACAAUACGAUACUACCGUAUAAAACGAAUUAAAAGAACAUUUCAAAAGUACGUCUUUACUAAACGUAAACCCCGUUAAAUUACUCGCUGUAAUUAAGUAUUUUCUCUCUUCACUAGCAUCUCUUAUUUCGAACAACAAAAUCACUCUAGGAAGAUUGACCGUGCUAUUAUAAUAUUAAUGAAACGUAAAAUGAUUUAUAACAUCUGCUCAACAUCUCGGAACAGGUCGGAUCAGUGACCCGUAAAAAAUCCUCUGACUUUCAUGGUGGAAUUCGAUUUCAAUCGAGUUUUACAAUCAGAUGGGAACUUGAAGAUAAAAACUUUCUCGAAAUAGACAUUAUAUGUUUAGAUGACAGUUUAAAGUAGCGGAUUAUGGCGAUUAAAACAAAUCAAAACUUCACACCUUUCUCCAACAGCGUGACUUUCAGAAAGCCUCGAGGGACGGACUUGGUAACCGCUUCUGAAUUGAUACCAGGUUUCUGUCAGUCAAAGUCAAAUGUCCGAACCCCGGGGUCGAUUCGCACGAUCAAAAGCCCAACAGGAAGAUAGUCUCAGGCAUCAAAUACCCGCCCCUUGCCCGCAUACCCCCCCCCCCCCCCCCACCCCUAUAAAUUUCAGAGCAGAUGAGAGUGCAACCACGACACAAAAAAAAAACAUAAGCAAGACAAAAAUCACGAACACAAGCCUUCCUAUUUUUGUCCCCCAAAAGUUUCCUUUUCUUGGGCCUAACGAGGCCUCGGGGGCGGGUCUGGGUCACGCCCUCUGAGAGUAAAGCCAGUUUUUACAUUAACAAAAAAAAGGCCGUGCCCCCGGGCGGGAUUGCCGGCGAAAAAAACCCCAAUAGAAAAAUGCCGCCGCGACAAAAAUCCCCCCCCGCUGCCCCCCCCCCCCCCCCCCCCCCCAACGGGAUUUACAUUGAUAGGUGCAUAAAUGCCCAGCAAGAGAAAAAAAAAUGAGUAAUGAAAAGUAAAAGUCAAGACUGCUGUGUCACUUUUUUUUGUCACUCGAAAUUUUACUUUCUGCGCAUGCCCGAACUUGGCAAGCUGAUAUUUUGCAUCUGGAUCAGAAGGCCGCGAAGUGCACGACCUGUAAACCGGUUUGUGGUAAGUUUUAACUCUUUAUAGCACGACAGUGACCAGAAAACCACUCGACUAGCUUCAAAAGGCGUUUUUCGGCAAAAUCUCCAGGAGCGAAUGGGUUAGCAUACACAAAUGUUCAUCUUUCCUGAUAAAAAGCUGUGGUGGUCAUUUUCUUAUAUCUCUGUUUAUGGGAAGGUGAGUUAAUGCACAAACCUAGGAGGAAGAGAAAAUAGAGGUGAGACACCACCUUCUGGAUGGCAUAUUUGAACUAAUAACCUAACUUACCUUACGUGUCUCAAUAUAAUAAGAUGUAUAUCUGGUAGUUUUUGCUCUUAUUUUCAGAUGACUGCUCUUCCUGUGUUGGAGGGCGUUCAUUUACUCUUCCCGAGUUGGCGAGUAAGGUCUGCAGCGAUUUUGACUUUGGUAAGAAUCCCAUCGGCACUUUAAAUAGUGGAUUAAGCUUGGUUUUGUUUGUUUGCUUUUUGAUGUUAUGUUGGGUGAAUGGGACGCAAACAGUACUCUUGAAAUUUGGUUAAUUGACAAAAAAAUCCCUCCACACCUGGUUGGUCAGCUUUUUAAGUGUGCCAUAUUAACAUUUCAGAGAUGUUCACGGUAUUCACAGUUUUCUGAAUUUCAAAGCAAUUUUGCACCAAAGAAGAGCAGUUAUUAACAGUGUUGUCAUCAUAUAGUGGUUGCAACAUGGAAAGUUAAAGGAUGCUGCGAUGCUUGAUAACCUUAUCCGCACUAACUUUGAUCUUAACGCAUUUCAGCUUUUAUAGGCGAAGUGCUUCUGCUGGACGAACGCGACUUUAGAAAACAAUCCUGGAUCACCUACGACAUAGCAAUAAAGGAGGUAAUCAAAAAGAAAAAAACCGACUUGAAAAAGGGAGACUUUGUUGAAUUUAAAAAGCGAUCAGGCUGCCAAUGUCCAGAGCUUGUAGAGAGGAAAGAGUAUCUCAUCAUGGGACAAGAGAAAGGACAGUUCUUUCUGUUUGAUGAAGGAUCUUUUGUUAUUCCUUGGGUGAGGAAACGAACAAGCAGAUUUGACCUUCGCGCUCGAGUAGGUUUAGAUCCUAGAUGUAACAUUUAAAUUCCUCAGCGAUGAAAUCAAGUAUAUGAUAAUUAGUUUUGUUUUUGUAGUUAGAGAAAUACUAUAACAUCUGGCUGUUUUUGUCUAAUAAUUGUUACCACCAAAUAGGGGCUACAGUGAUGCACUGUAAGAAUUGUUAAUUAGUUGCAAUGGA